AUGGCCUUGCCGGGCGCCGAGGGCGCGGCUGACAGGCCGGUAUCCCCGGCCCGGAGCGCCCCCGCCGGCUCCGCGUCGUCGUCGUCCGCCUCCUCCGGCGGCUCGGCCUCCGCCUCGGCCUCGGCGGGCGCGGGGCUGUGGGCCGCGCUGUACGACUACGAGGCGCGCGGCGAGGACGAGCUGAGCCUGCGGCGCGGGCAGCUGGUGGAGGUGCUGUCGCAGGACGCCGCCGUGUCGGGCGACGAGGGCUGGUGGGCCGGCCAGGUGCAGCGGCGCCUCGGCAUCUUCCCCGCCAACUACGUGGCGCCGUGCCGCCCGGCCGUCCUCCCUGCGCCCCCGCCGCCGCCGCCGCGGCCCGGCUCGCCCGCGCACGUCGACUUCGAGCGGCUCGAGCUCCGGGAGCUCAUCGGCGCGGGCGGCUUCGGGCAGGUGUACCGCGCCACCUGGCAGGGCCGGGAGGUGGCGGUGAAGGCGGCGCGCCGCGACCCGGAGCAGGACGCGGCGACGGCGGCCGAGAGCGUGCGGCGGGAGGCGCGGCUCUUCGCCAUGCUGCGGCACCCCAACAUCAUCGAGCUGCGCGGCGUGUGCCUGCAGCAGCCGCACCUCUGCCUGGUGCUCGAGUUCGCCCGCGGCGGAGCGCUCAACCGCGCUCUGGCCGCCGCCAACGCCGCCCCGGACCCCCGCGCGCCAGGCCCGCGCCGCGCGCGCCGCAUCCCCCCGCACGUGCUGGUCAACUGGGCGGUGCAGAUCGCCCGCGGCAUGCUCUACCUGCACGAGGAGGCCGUCGUGUCCAUCCUGCACCGGGACCUCAAGUCCAGCAACAUUUUGCUGCUUGAGAAGAUAGAGCACGAUGAUUUCUGCAAUAAAACGUUGAAGAUUACAGAUUUUGGGCUGGCGAGAGAAUGGCACAGGACGACCAAGAUGAGUGCAGCGGGCACCUAUGCCUGGAUGGCACCGGAAGUCAUCAAGUCUUCCCUGUUUUCUAAGGGAAGUGACAUCUGGAGCUAUGGAGUCCUGCUGUGGGAGCUGCUCACGGGAGAAGUCCCCUACCGUGGCAUCGACGGGCUCGCCGUGGCCUAUGGGGUGGCCGUCAAUAAGCUUACUUUGCCCAUUCCAUCCACCUGCCCGGAGCCGUUUGCCAAGCUCAUGAAAGAGUGCUGGCAACAAGACCCCCACAUUCGUCCUUCAUUUGCCUUAAUUCUUGAACAACUGACAGCUAUUGAAGGGACGGUUAUGACCGAAAUGCCUCAAGAAUCUUUUCAUUCCAUGCAAGAUGACUGGAAGCUGGAAAUUCAACAAAUGUUCGAUGAACUGAGAACAAAGGAGAAGGAGCUGCGGUCCCGAGAGGAGGAGCUGACCCGAGCCGCACUCCAGCAGAAGUCCCAGGAGGCGCUGCUCAGGCGGCGGGAGCAGCAGCUCGCGGAGCGGGAGAUUGACGUGCUGGAGCGGGAGCUCAACAUUUUGAUAUUCCAGUUAAACCAGGAGAAGCCCAAUGUCAAGAAGAGGAAGGGAAAGUUCAGGAGAAGUCGACUGAAGCUCAAAGAUGGCCAUCGAAUCAGUUUACCUUCAGACUUCCAGCAUAAAAUCACCGUCCAGGCCUCUCCCAACUUGGACAAACGGAAGAGUGUGAACAGCAACGGCUCCAGCCCACCCAGCAGCCCCACAGUUAUCCCUCGGCUCCGAGCGAUACAGCUGACUUCAGACGAAAGCAAUAAAACCUGGGGAAGGAACACGGUCAGCCGACAAGAAGAAUUUGAGGAUGUGAAAAAGAACUUCAGGAAAAAAGGUUGUACCUGGGGACCCAACUCAAUUCAAAUGAAAGAAAGAAGUGACAGCAAAGAAAGAAUAAGACCUCUCUCAGACGGCAACAGUCCUUGGUCAGCUCUCUUAAUAAAGAAUCCGAAAACCACGCCAUUGGCUUCAUUAUUUGUGGACCAGCCAGGUGCUUCUGAAGAGCCAAAACUUUCCUCCGAUGGACCAGAACACAGAAAACCAAAGCAAAUAAAAUCUCCUAGCCAAGCCUACGUUGAUCUACCUCUUUGGAAAGAUGGCCAGAGAGAGGAUCCAGUAGAGCCUGGAAGCUGGGAGGAGGGCCCCUCUUCGAGCCCUGCUGCAAGCCCUCCUCAGGUGACCCCUACAAGUAGUCGGAGCAGGUCCCCCCAGAGGAAGAAGACGGAGUCUGCCCUGUACGGCUGCACCGUGCUGCUGGCAUCAGUCGCUCUGGGGCUGGAUAUCAGAGAGCUUCAUCAAGCACAGGCUGCCGGAGGACUAUUGCCCAAAGAAGAAAGGAAGAAACGUGAGGGGAUCUUCCAGUGGGCUCCCAAGUCCCGAGGCGGGGCCAGUCCUUCCACAAGGCCACCGUCUACGGGCGAGAGGGCCAGCAGCCCACCCUUACUCCCUCCACCAGGCGCCAUGAGCCUUCUGUCCGGGCCCUCUCUUUCCACCAAGUGCUUGCUGCAGACGGACAGCACAGAGCUGUCCGAGGGCAGCCCAUACGUCGCUUCGGACCCCGAGAUGCCCACUCCAGGCUUUUGCGCGGCCAUUGGAGGACGUAGUCGCGAGCCGACCUCCACACCAAGACUCGAGACUGAUUGCAGUCAAUGGAAAAACCCAUCUCCUCCUUUCCUAGAGCGGACGUGCGGGAAUGUGCCUUAUUCUGCUUCUUCAAAAGAACGAGCAUCACAUCACAGACGAACCCUGUCCGAGGGAAAUGCUUGUCAGACCCCAACUGCUGCAGGCGCAGCUCUCAGCUCAGACCCCGGAGCCUCGGACCUGCCCCUGGAGUGGACUCUGGGAACGCCCCGGUGCUCCCCGCCCAGGGAGGCCCCACCGGAAAAACAAAGAGCCGGCGCCCUGGUGCCCCCACCUCGCCUGCCAACCUUCAGGAGCCGCUCAGAGUCACAGCCCGCCAGGCAGGCACAGGUGCUCUCUGUCGGGCCGGGUCCAACUCCCCCCACUGCUUGUCCCCCCAGGGGGGCCGAGGACAGGACUACACCCCACGUGCCUUCCCUCCUGGAUGCCAACGCCCAAGGCCAGAGCAGGGACGGCCCAGUGCCUUUGGGCAGGAUGACGAGCAGAGCCAGCGGACCGUCCGUGCGGCAGCUGGAGAAGGAGUUUCUGUCUUAA